GCCGCCGCCGAGAGGGCGAUGGCGGACGGGCCUGGCGAUCCGCCGCUUUUCAGCAGCCCCGCGCCGCCGCCGGAGACGGGCUGGGAGCGGCUCCGCGAGCUCUGGCGGCGAGACGAGCGGCAGGAGUAUCCGGAGGAAACCAUCAACAUCAUCAAGUCGGCCUUCGUCGCAGGGCUCGCAGGCUGGGUGUACGGGGGGCUGCCCGCCUUUUACCAGGGCCGCAAGGCCUUCAUCGACAGGAGCCACGGCGAGCUCUUCCAGAACCGCGCCGAUGCGGUGCAAGCUGCGCAUCGUGCUGGCCUUAGGAGCUUCAUUCGCUAUGGCUGGCGCUGGAGCUGGCGAGUGGCCACUUUUGUGACACUAUUCAACUUGGUGAGCACCAGUCUGUCUGUGUACCGCAAUAAAACCACCAUCAGUAAUUUUGCUUCAGCAGGAGCCUUCACAGGAGCCCUUUUCAGAAUCCACUUGGGCCUGCAGGGACUGGCAGGAGGCUUUGUGUUUGGAGCGGCAUUUGGGAUCCCUGCAGGGGGCCUCUUAAUGGUAAUGCAGAAGUUUGCUGGUGAGACCUUGGACGAGAAGAGAAACCGUGAGCGCAGGGAGCUGUAUGAACAGAAGUUAGCAGAGUGGCAAUCCAGGCUCAGUGUGACUGAAGUCUUAGGCCAAACAGAAAGUAACGUGGAAGGACCAGAGACAAAGAGAGCAAGAGCUGUCUAGGAACUGUUGAGUCUUCUCCAGAUCUCUGUUGUAAGCAGCUACAAAGUAUUUUGAUUCUGCAAAUAGAAGUCUUGAAGGUCUUUUGUGAAUGCAGUUACACCUGCUGUGCUUGUGAAAAAGCAUUUUGCUGAAAACACAGUUUAUGGACUCAUAUCACUGCACAACAGCAUGGAAUGGCCAAGAAGGUGGAAAUGUAGACUCUGCAUAAUGCAGCUUUGGCACGGGGUGAGGGCAGCCCCGGAACCUCAUUUAGAACCCAUUUCCUUGCUGAAAAUGUCCAGACCACCAGUGAGGUAGAAAUACUCAAGCUAAAGAAGCUGUGAAUAGUUUGAUUGCUAAAGGUACCCCGAUUCCAAAAGGUAAUUAGGCUCUGGUGUAAGCUGCUCUUCAGACAGCACCUGAGGACCUUGGUGUCAGAGCACAGCACAGGCAGCACUGGAGUGAGUGGUCCUCAUCCUCUUGUCAUCCCUGUCCCACAGCUUGACUGAGCCUGGUUUCAGCAUCAGCAAAUGCUGUCCCGCUGAUGGUGGUUUCUUCAGGCUUUUUGCAGAAAAACACAUGUGGUUCCUCCAGUAUCUGGGGUAUUUUGCAGUCAGUGUAUGGAGGGUGGAGGAGCUGGGAAUGAUAGAGAAAUACCUUGAAAAAGGCAUGUUUUGGGUUCCUCAGUAGAAGUGUGACUGAGAGGGCCACAAGAAGGAUGAUUUGUUUCUGGUGGUGAUGGUGGUGGAAAAUUUAACCAACAAGAAAAAGGCCUCUGAUUUCAUUUGAAGGUUGGGAAUUAGGGGAUUACCUUUGGGGAAAGUGUGGUUCAAGACACUUAAUAAAGCCAUCUAGCAGUG